CGUUUUGACGAAACCAAAACGGUGCGCUUUGAGAGGAAUCCGAUUCCCGAAAAUCGUUUUACACUCUUUACCUUUUUGGGAAGUCUGAGUUUUGCUGUGUUCCUUACCUGGUUCUUAACGAUCUCAAUUUGCAGACGGAAAUGGCGGACAAGCCAAGCCGAGGAUUGGUGCUGUAUGGAGAUGGCCUGGCUCGCUUCAUAAACCCAUCUCACACCCACCUCCAUGAUCUCGCAUCCCGAGGCAUUUGCGGUUUCUUGUCCCUCUCCAAUUCUCCUCCUUCAGAAACCGAGGAUGAGAGAAUAGUUAGAGAGUUUGCACAACUACUGGAUUCAUGUGAAGCUUCUCUUGGUGUGAAUGUAGGAGGUGCUACUAAUUUGGAAUGCCAACAGAAGUCUUUGAUGCCAACCAUAUCAGAGAGGUUCAUGGGAAUGAGGGCUGCUAUAGUCGCAAACAAUUCAAGUUUGACAUCUUUUGGUGGCACACUUGGCUUCACUGUGAUGCAAACUGAUGAGUUGAUUAAAAACAAUCAUCCGCUUUCUGAGCCUCCAGUUGAUGUUGUGGCCUCCGAAUCACUGAAGUUACUUGGAUUUCAAGAAGGAAAAACAUUAGAAACAAGCCAGUUUGAUUUAAUUUUCAUGCAUAUUGGAGCUGGUGAGAAGGCAAAUGGUCAGACGGAAAUAAUUGCCAACGACGUAGAAUAUAUCAAUGGUUUGGUUGGUAGAAUAAUGCAAACAGCCGAACCCGGAUCUGAGAUUGGUUCCCGCCUGCACUUGUCCCUAGUGAUGAGUUAUGGGGCUGUCUCAAAGGAUGAUGAUCCCAGUUUAUCAGUUUUAGUCACUAAAAAUGAGAACAACUCUGAUCUUUCAUCGCUUUCCCCUCGUCAAAGUUACACCAUGAAAGGAGGGAAUCCACGGGACAAUAUUAGACACCAUUGCCCGAUGCUAAUUGCUCAGUGGCAGUAUGCUGUAACCCGCAAAGAUAUGGCAAAGACAUUUUCUUUUGAAGAUUUUAAGGAGCAUGGAGGAAAUCUUACAAUACCAGCAGACAGGUUUCUGCAUGAGGUAGCGUUCAAGCUGUGGAAGGCCCCCAAGUACGGCGCAUGAAGUGAACUCACUCAAAUCUUUAAGACUAGCAUGAUAACAGAGCAGAAAUGAGGGAGACAAUCUGAUUAUCAAUUAUGUAUCUAAUCAUUUUGCAAUGUUGGAUCAUGCAGCAGAAAUAAAGGCUGUUCUGCUCAUGUACUCUUGAUCAUGACAUGUAGCUCAGAUUGUCAUUUGCCACGGCACUUGACUAAUUAGCUGGUUAAUUUUUAUGUGACUUCGGUAUCAA